AUGGAUCCUACGAAAUCUUGGCACUAUAACGACCGACCGCCCAGCAACUCCGCCAACAACCCGAUAUUUGAUCCACGGCAAAUUUUCUUCACAACAAAAUGCCUGAAUCCAACCACCGAUUGUACGUUAAGGGAAAGCACCUUUCAUACCAGAGGGGCAAGCGCAACACCAACCCUAACACCUCCCUCAUCAAGAUUGAGGGCGCCGACAAUCAAAAGGAUGCCACUUUCUACUGCGGGAAGAAAAGUCAUCUGGGGCAAGGUCACCAGGCCACAUGGAAACAGCGGUGUUGUUCGCGCCAAGUUCCGCCACAACCUCCCCCCUAAAUCCUUCGGUGCCUCCGUCCGUAUCAUGCUGUACCCUUCAAACAUCUAA